AUGGAGGUGCUGACGACGGUCAAUGCGCCGUUACCAGUACUAGAAGAGACAACAACAUCGAGUCCGUUUCCCCCAUUUUAUUCAACGGGUCCAUUUACAUGGGCAACACCUUUCUUCACCACACCGACAGCUUUACUGACGGUUACUAUCGUUCUUGGUUUUGGACGUUAUCUCGUUACACGUGGAAGACCAUGGUUAGAAUCACCAACAGCACGACAUCGUCUAUCGCCUCUGUCGCGUCUUAUUGUGGCCAUUUCCGUCACGAUUCUUGUCACUUUUGUCGCCGACGCGAUUGCAUUGACAACUCGGGCUAUUGUUGAACGACAAUGGACCAGCAGCGUCUUGGCUUAUUACAUUGGCGUCUCCUGGCUGUCCUGGGCUAUUGCGCUGGCUUGCCUGACGGAUGAAACUUUCAAGUUUGGCGAGUGGAACUGGGUCCAGUAUAUGUUUUGGAUGGCGGCCGCGUUGGGCGAAACUAUGGUUGGUUGGCUUUGGACUGUCGGAUUGCUUCGUCCCAAACCAGGCACAGUGUUUAGUCUUUAUGACUAUACGUUCCUUGGAAUAUUCAUUGCUCGCUACGUCAUGGAGUUGUUGACCGUGCUGCUGUGCGUGAUUCAAAUGUUUUCACGACGGAACCACAGUGCUAGCGAACGGGCACCCUUGUUGGGUGCUAUGACAACAACGGAGAACCGUUAUGGCAGCACACCCGCACUAGCAGACGAGAGUGAAACGUCUCGGAAAGCAGAGCCGAGUGCGUUUUCAAACUUUUUUGGAAAAAUGCGAAAGCUGCUUCCGUACAUCUGGCCACACAAGUCAUUUAGACUGCAGCUGCUGGUUCUGGUGUGCUUUUCACUGAUGCUGGCUGGCCUGCUUGUGAAUGUUUUGGCACCACUGCAGAUUGGCAAAGUGGUGGAUGGGUUCGAAAAAGACAAAGGCAAAUUCGCAUGGGCUGCUGUCCUGGUUUAUGUCGGUCUUCGAUUCCUGCAGGGUGGGUCUGGCCUUAUCCAAGCCAUGCAGAACUGGCUAUGGAUCCCCAUCGGGCAGUACACCACGCGUGAAAUCUCGGUGAAAAUGUUCAGCCAUCUGCACGGCCUGUCGUUGCAUUUCCAUAUCAAUCGAAAGACAGGCGAGGUACUGCGCGUAAUGGACCGAGGCACCAACAGCAUCGUCCAACUUUUGUCCCAAAUCCUGUUUCAAAUCUUUCCUGCGCUGGCCAACAUUGUUGUCGCCGUGUUUGUGUGCGCCGUCAAGUUUACGCCACCCUUCGGCCUGAUUGUGUUUCUGACCAUGUCCUUCUACCUUUUUGUCACCAUCGCCCUCACCGAAUGGCGCACAAAGUAUCGUCGCACAAUGAUUGAGCUGGACAACUCGUCACGGACCAAAGCAGUCGAUUCGCUGCUGAACCUUGAAACAGUAAAGUAUUAUGGUGCCGAGGACUUUGAAAUCAACCGCUACAAGAAUGCCAUCAUCGAGUACCAAAAGGCGGACUGGCUCAGCUCUACUUCGCUCAAUGUUCUGAAUCUGGCGCAGAAUGCAGUGAUUAGCGGCGGAUUGCUCGCUGGCUGUCUCUUGUUUGCCUGGGAAGUUUCACAGGGCCGCCUUACAUCCGGUGACUUUGUAUUCUUCAACAUGUACAUGAUGCAAUUAUACACUCCACUGCACUUUUUCGGAACGUACUAUCGCAUGAUCCAAUCCAACUUCAUCGACAUGGAGAAGAUGCUCGCUCUUUUCGAGGAAGAGCAGACCGUCAAGGAUGCCCCCAAUGCAAAGGAUUUGGCUGUCAAGGAGGGUCAUGUAGUGUUUGAUAACGUUACAUUCAGCUACGAUCCUCGACAGACGGCCUUGAACGGCAUCACAUUCUCAAUUCCCAAGGGUGCCACUGUUGCCCUAGUGGGCCCUUCUGGUGGAGGAAAAUCAACAAUCCUGCGACUACUGUUCCGUUUCUACGAUCCUGACUCUGGCCAUAUCUACAUUGAUGGUCAGGACAUCAAACAGGUCCGUCAAGAAUCAUUGCGUCAAAAUAUUGGUGUUGUCCCACAGGAUACGGUGCUCUUUAACGACAGCGUACUAUACAACAUUGGUUAUGGCAACAUUAAUGCACCUGAAGAUGCUAUCUUUAAAGCGGCCAAGGCUGCCCAGAUUCACGACAAGAUCCUUCAAUUCCCCGAUGGUUAUGAAACACGAGUGGGUGAACGCGGUUUGCGACUUAGCGGCGGCGAAAAGCAAAGAGUUGCUAUUGCUCGUACCAUUCUGAAAGAUCCACCGAUUAUUCUUUUGGAUGAGGCAACGAGUGCAUUGGAUACCGGCACUGAACGUCAAAUCCAACAAGCCUUAUCGAUCAUGACCAAGGAUCGCACUACACUCGUGAUUGCUCACCGUCUUUCGACCAUUGUCAAUGCUGAUCUGAUCUUGGUGAUCAAGGAUGGCCGAGUGGUUGAGUCUGGAAGUCACGAAGAACUGAUCAAACAGGGCAGCGACGGUGUAUAUUAUGAAAUGUGGCAAAAGCAGCUCCAUGAUGACAGUGAUGGUAGCGAUGCUGAGGCAACAAAUGGCGGACCUCACAAUAACACAUAUGGUAAUGUGGAGAGUAAUAAAAUGUCGUUGUCAGCAGCAGCAGCAGCAGAUGAUGCCGUUGUCCCUGAAGCAGCUCCCAGUGGUCCCAUCCCACCCACGGGUCCAGUCCCGCCAAUCGAUACACGAUCCCCAGCCGUAGUAGUCUCGGAAUCCGAAAACAAGGACUCCAUGGUCUCAUCACCCACUGAAAUGGAAGGUCAGCAGCAGCAGCAGCAGCAGGAAGAAGAAGAGGAACAGCAACAGCAAGACCAGAGCGGCAGCGUCACUCCGGAGAAUAGGGAUGAUGAAGAAGAAGAAGGAGGAGGAGCAGCUUCAUCUAAUGCCCAGUCACCACCGAAAAAUAGAAAGAAAAAGAAACGUUCCAAGAGUAGAAAAGGCACUACAUUCUGA